AAUGCAUGAAUGCGAGAGAAGAAAAUGGCGAUCGAGCAGGACAAAUGUUUCCCCUCCUAGACUCUGCAAAUGUGUUGAUUUUCUACAGCCUUAUUUGCUUUCAUUUCAUCUCUGCUGCACUUUAAACUACAAGAGAUAAUUGGAUGCUAUUGCCACCAAAGACAUUGAGGAGAAGCAACACAGGUCAGGAAAUCGUUCGAAACACGGAUGGAGAGUGGAUGGAGAAAAGUGUAGAGCUCAUUGGAAUGACGAUAAGGAAGAAGGGGCUGGUAUAAAGUGCCAGAACAUAUCAAGUCCAGUUUCAGCCAGCCUCAGUCUGCCAAUUAGAACAGCAGCACCUCCACUGUAACCUGCACCAUCAGCAAUGCCAAGAGGGCCCCAGCCAGCGGCCAGCCCCAAGCCCUGCCUCGGUACCCGCUCUGUGAAGUUCCGCCGCAUCUCUGCUAGCACAAACAGAAACAGCUGUUGAAGUGUGGGCAAUCCCUCACGGUCCUCGCUGCCACCCUGGGAACUCAAGUGCAGCUCAACUCUAGCCAGCCAGGGGAGCUUACGACUGAGAGGUCUGUCCUACACUGCACCCAAAGCCACCUUUCAGGCAUGGCUCCCAUUCGGGAUUCUGUCAGCCACUCCCCUAAUCAACCAGGUUUGGAACGUGCUGGUCUGGAUCCUCAGUAUGAAAGUUCACCAUGGAGCUCUGGCUCACCUUGCAGUGACCCAAACAGCAACUGGGGAAAAGUUGAUGAGGGAGCCUGGCCCUCUAUCACUGGUAGUGACCCAGAGUUAGCCUCAGAAUGUAUGGAUGCUGACUCUGCCUCCAGCUCUGGGUCAGAAAAAAAUCUUAGUAUGAUGCCGUCUGGGAGCACAUCUGGGGGUGACAACAAUGGCAAUAGACAAGGUUCUCAUUUCAUGGUUGCAAAUGGCAGCAAUAAUGUGGGUAAUGGGAGUGUUAAGGGGCCUUGGGGUGUAUCCAAUGGCUCAAUGCUAAGCACAUGUCAAGGCUCCGGAGAUGGCCCCAGUGGAAAGCUGGCAGAAAGCAGCCAUGGCAAAAUAAAUGCAUGGGGUACCCAAGUUUCCUCAACCAAUAUAGGUAUAAAUCCAAGCACUUUGAACCCAAAUGCCAACCAUGGUGCCUGGCCCGUUCUUCAGAGCACUGGGCCCAAUCCCCACGGGCUGGUGGGGAACGGAAAUGGUGGCACCAACACUCAACAAAGCACCAUAGGUCAAACACCCAGCAUACAGAGUAUCAACUCUAAGAUGUCCUGGGGAUGCCUGCAGCUGUCCGAAACUGAAGUCAAUGGUACAAACAAGGUUCCAAGUGGGCAGCCUCAAAACCUUAACACUGAAUUUAAUGGACCAAAUAACACUACUAACUCGAUGACCUCUAGUUUACCAAACUCUACAGGUUCAAUGCAGAUAAAUGAACAGCCCCCAGGGCACCGAGCUUGGCCUAUGAGUACAGGGGGCUCCCCUCAGCUCCCUAUUUCUCCGGUCUCAAAUGGCACUUCCAUUUCUCAACACGGCAACAGUGAGGGGAUUAACAGUGGGUCUUACGGUACAGCAUGGGGCGUUACACCCAGCACUAAUUACUCUGGAGACAAAUGUCCCAUCCCUAAAGGCCAAGCUGUGGGCGACACUGUGAAUGCAACUCUAAUGCAGUCUGGAGCCACCAGUUCCUCUGUGAGUGCUGCUUUAAAGAAUAAUAAUAAUAACGGGAUGGGUGGUCGUGAAAGAGGUUGGGACUCAACACCCGGUACCUCACAAAGUAUGUCUUGGGGAGCAGGUAAUGGUGUGGGCCCAGCUGGGAUCCCUCGACCCUGGGGGAGUGCCUCUUCCUCUUCUUCCUCUUCCUCAUCCUCUUCAAACACUGGCACUAAGGUCUCAAACGGGGAGUGGAACACUUUGCCCAGCAACAGUCAGCAUUCCAAUGAUGGCACAAAUGGAAGCAGAAAGGGAACUAAUGGAUGGAAGUCUUUGGAGGAUGAUGCUCUUGGUAUAGGGAGCUCUAGUCAAGCGUUGCAAGGCAGCACGUGGAACAAAUCUACAGGCAGUGAAGGUAGCGGAGAGAGCUCGGGAGGUCGCAGUGAGCGGGACGGGCAGCGGGGUGGCAACCGACGGAGGGGAAAUCAACAGGGGAUGGUUAAUGCAGCUCUCUCUAGAAUUGACGUGGACCCCAGGGUGCUGUCCAACACUGGAUGGGGACAAACUCCAGUCCGCCAGAACACUGUCUGGGAUGUUUCAAGCUCCGAUAAAAAGACAGGAUGUGGACAGACUGGCUGGGGCAGUGCUCCCCCUCAGGUAUCUAACUCAGGUCGGUGGGGAGAUGGACCCAGCACCAACAAAAGUAGCGAUUCUUCAGUGUCUGGGUGGUCUGAAUCGAAACCUUUAACUGGCUGGAGAGAAACCAAAAGCUCAGUUGGGCAAAAUGGAUGGGAGGAUGCCCCUUCUGUUACAAUGAACAAAGGUGGUUCCUCAUGGAAUAGCACCAAGGAUGAGAAGUCCUCUUGGAAUAAUGCGCCGAAGGCAAAGCAAGGCUGGGGCUCUGCUGGAGAGGGAUGGGGUGGAGAAGGCCCAAAGGGAAACCAUUGGGUAGAGCCCCAGAAGUCUGGUUCAGGUGGCUGCGACAGUGACAGCGACCGCUCUGGAUCGGGCUGGAGUGAUCCUGGGCGCUGCAGGACAAGCAACAUCUGGGGAGGCAGUGGAGGCAACAACACUCCUGACCAGAGUGGUCCAGCAACAGGAUGGGGAGACUCACCGAAGACCAACAAUCAAAACCAAACCUGGGGCGAGCCAAUCAACCCAAGCCACUCCAGCCCUGCUUGGGGUGAUAACACAAAAACAAACAACUCUUCAGAAUGGGUCAAGUCCCAAGAAUCCAGCAUGGGAACAUACAGGAGUGGAAACACCUCUCAGACUGGAGCCCCUAGUCAGAACAAGCCUACAGGAUGGCAGGGGGGCCCAAUACCUGCUGCCUCCAAAGAAGAAUCUUCCACUGGAUGGGAAGAGCCAUCCCCUGAAUCCAUCAGGCGCAGAAUGGAUAUUGAUGAUGGUACUUCAGCAUGGGGAGAUCCCAUCAAAUUUAAUUCUGGCAACGUAAAUAUGUGGAACAAGAACAAUGCUGGAGAGCAGGAUGGCAUGGCUGUUUGUCAACCCCCACAAGCCCAAAGCUCCAUGGCUCCAAAGGAAAAGAACUGCAGCUCAGGGUGGGGAGAGACAUACUGUGGGCCACAAAAAAAUGAGUCCUCUACCUGGGUUGAGCAUCCUGCUUCACCUGUCACUGUAGACAAUGGCACAUCUGCUUGGGGAAAGCCUGUUGACACGGGUUCCAGCUGGGAAGGGCCAGGGAGGGAAAACUCUGGAGGCAGUAGCUGGGGCAAUGCUGCUGUAGGACAGCAGUCACAGCACAAGUCUGGAUCCAAACCUAUGCAAGACUGGUAUGGAGAGCAGAAUUCUAUGGCAGGGCACUCCAACUUGGAGGAGGAAGGGCAAGAAAAGAUGGGCAUGUGGAACAAUUCAUCACUGGAAAUGAACCAACCCGGUAACAGUUCCUACAAGAAGAUGCCUCCAAAGCUGAACAAAGGACCCAACAAGCAAGAUGAUUCUCAAUGGAUGAAUCAGUUUGUGAAACAGUUCAACAACAUGUACCCUAGGGACUCUGCUGAAGAUUCCAUGAAGAGCAAUAAGAUGGAUAUGUCUGGAGGAAUGACAGACAAGCGCAUUGAUGUUGACAAGCAUGUUCUUAAUAUGGGAGAGUACGGAAAAAAUCCUGCUUCACGUCACCAGAUCCACAAAGAUUCUCCCAUGGACCGUAAUCCCUAUAUGGAUAAGAAUGUAAACAUGUACAGUGUCGGUAAUGCAGCAGCACAAGGCCGGAACGCCCAGCAGCCUCCAGCACAACCUCUGAACUCCACUCAGCCCACUCUACGCAACCAAGUGCCUCCUCCACUACUUCCCUCUCAGGUUCCUCCACCCCUGUUGAAGUACUCUCCCAAUAAUGGGGGUCUGAACCCUCUGUUUGGCCCACAGCAGGUGGCUAUGCUGAACCAGCUGUCUCAACUCAACCAACUGUCUCAGCUUUCACAGAUUAAUCAGUUACAGCGUCUCCUUUUGCAGCAAAAAGCUCAAAACCAGAGGGCCAUGCCUGUUAACAGCCGCCAGCAGCAGGAACAGCAGGGUCGUGGUUUGGGUCCGUCCCAGCAAAUGAUCCAGACUCCUCGCCAUCUCGAUCCCUCCCUGAUGAAGCAACAGACUUCCCCUCAGCCACCCUCACUGCACCAACCCAGCCUCAAGUCCUAUAUGGAGAACUUCAUGCCCCCCAAUGCCUCUGACCUGCAGAAAGAACAAAGUUCCUUGAGCUCGUUCAGUAAUUUCCCUUUAGGUGGGUGUCCUCCCCAUCUUAAUGUAGGUCAGACUGACUCUGUGUUGCACCAAGCUGCCAAGCCCAACUCAAUGUUUGCAUCUGACAUGUCAGGCUAUCUGCCAGCUGGCAUUAGUCAAAGUCAUAGCCUCCUAGCCCCACCUAUGAGCAAUGGCCACAUGGUGCCAGGCUCUCCCAUCAACCCUCGGGUAGGAAAGAACUUCUGUCCUGACAGCAGCUCUCUGCCAGCAAGAGGUUUGAACUCAAACUUGAAUGUAAGCAACCUCGACAUUAGUAGUGUUGGUUUUAAGGAGCCACAGUCCCGCCUGAAGAAGUGGACUGCCAUGGAUAUCUCCGUUAACUCGCCACUUGAUCAAAACCCCAGCAAAUCUGGUGCUAUAACAUCUGGCCUGAGGCUUGAAGACUCGCCCUUUGGUCCAUAUGAUUUCAUGAAUGCCAGUAACACUCCCAUCAGUCCUCCUGGCUCUGUGGGAGAUGGCUGGCCCAGCCGUGCCAAAUCACCUCAUGGUUCAACUAAUGUCAACUGGCCACCAGAGUUCCGUCCUGGUGAGCCCUGGAAAGGAUAUCCAAACAUUGAUCCUGAAACUGACCCAUUUGUCACUCCAGGCAGUGUGAUUAACAAUCUCUCCAUUAAUACAGUCCGGGAUGUUGAUCACCUCAGGGACAGGAACAAUGGGCCAUCCUCAUCACUUAACACCACGCUGCCUUCAAAUAGUGCCUGGACAUCCAUUCGUGCCUCCAACCACAAUAGUUCCCUCAGCAGUACAGCACAAAGCACUUCAGCCAGAAACAGUGACUCCAAAUGGUCUCCUGGUACAGUCACCAACACCUCUUUGGCUCAUGAGCUGUGGAAGGUUCCUCUCACUUCAAAAGGCAUCUCUGCUCCGUCCCGUCCUCCACCUGGCCUGACUGGCCAGAAACAGCCCUCAUCUUGGGACAACGGCUCUCUCAGACUGGCAGGCUGGGGUGGCUCUGAAUCCAGAUUCAACUCUAGUUCCAGCUGGGGUGACAGCAGCUCAGGGAGAACUAAUUGGCUUGUACUCAAAAACCUCACACCUCAGAUUGAUGGCUCCACCUUGCGAACUCUGUGCAUGCAGCACGGUCCACUGAUCACAUUCCAUCUGAACCUUCCCCAUGGCAAUGCUGUGGUCUGCUACAGCUCUAAGGAGGAGGCGGCAAAAGCCCAGAAGUCACUGCACAUGUGUGUUUUAGGGAACACUACUAUUCUUGCAGAGUUUGCUAGUGAAGAGGAAAUUAAUCGUUUCUUUGCACAAGGUCAGUCAAUGACUGCCUCUCCCAGCUGGCAGACGCUGGGCUCUUCUCAGAAUCGGAUCGGAUCCAUCGAGGGUUCUCACCCCUUCCCAAACCGCACUGAUCCAAAUCACUGGAACGGCGGCGGGCUGUCAGGAGCCGGCAGCGGAGACCUGCACGGCUCGUCUCUCUGGGGCGUUCCCAAUUACUCCACGAGCCUGUGGGGCAGCCCCAGUGGUGGUGAGGGAGGGAGAAUCAACAGUCCCUCCCCCAUCAGCUCCUUCCUUCCUGUUGACCAUCUGAUGGGAGGUGGGGAGUCCAUGUAGUGCAUCUUUCACCUUCUGACUUAAAAACAAACAAAAAACGACAAAAAAACAAACAAACAAACAUACAAACCCGUGACCUCAAUGUGGAAAUAGUUAAUCAUAAUCAUAUGACCAUAUAUAUAUAUAUAUAUAUAUAUAUAUAUAUAUAUAUAAAAAUCAAAUGGCACUAGUUAGACUUUCUUCACUUACAAAAAAAAAACAAAAAAAACAAUGCGGGGUCACCCUGUGGAAACAAGUUACGUUUUUUUUUUUUCUUUCUUUUUUCUGCACAUAUGUCCACUUUGUUUUAGCCCAAAACAUAUCAGUUUGAAUACUUGAAUCAUGCAGGCCAAUUCUAUAAUGUGAAAGGAUGUAUUUACACUUCCAGGUAGUGCUCUUCAUACAGAAAAAAAAGCUUCAGUUGAGCUCAUCUGUUUAUUCAUCAUGUUUAUUUGAAUUCCAAUUCUUUUCGUUUUUGUUUUUAUUAUUUGCAUUUUGUUUGCUGACAAUGUUGGAGUUUGAGCUUUUUUAACUUUGCACUGAAUGUGGUUUUUCUCAGUAUAAUCUGCAAUAUGGAGGGAGCCGACAGUUCCAGUGUAGUUGUUUACUCAAGGAUGUUCUUAAAGUGUGCGCUCUACUAUGCCUUGAUGUACGCCUACCUUAUUGUGGUAUUGUGGAGUUUGAGAUCAAGAUAUAGAUGCUGACUUAGGAUUAUUUGAUGAUAUUACAGAAAAUAAGUAUUGCACCAAUUUUGUUUUAAAACUAAAGAAUUUAGCUCUGCAGUGUAAAAAACUGUAGCCACAGCUGUGACUUGCAAACCCGACCUGCAAGCCAGGGGGAACAGCACUUUCAAAAUAGGCUUUCAAUUUUGUUUUGGAGGCAUCACAUUGUGCCCUCUUGUUUACAAAACUUUUUGAGGGGGAAAGUAUGGUCAUUCUUCCUUUUAUUUUAAAUGGAAAAAAAAAAAAAAAUGCAUAAAGAAUUUUUUAAAAAUCAUUAAAAAAAAUAUAAAAUACAAAAAAAAAAAUACAAAAAAAAGAACAAAAAGCGACAAAAAUAAAUAAAUAAAAAAAAUCUUGAGGAUGAAGACGAAGCUUUCUAUCUCUGGGAAUACUGAUCAGUGUUUGGCCAUGCCAUUGGUUAUUUUAUCUAUUCCUCUUGUCUGCUAAAUAACCAGCAUGGUUCUCAGGAAAUAUAGCCAGUUUUCCCCCAUAGAAACUCCUUGUAGGAAAAAUCCAACUUUUAGCACUGAAACUACUUAUAGCUCUGUAAGUUUUUCUCUGCCAAAUAACUGCUUUAAGCUGGAGACAUUCUACAUACUGCUUUUUGAAUAUGCUGUCUUUUUAUUAAUGAGUGGAUAUGGUUUGCUGAAUCACUAUCUAGUCCUUCCCUUUUUUUUCCCACUGAGUGGCUCAAUGUUUUUCGCUUUGUGACUGUCGAAGUAACUGUCAAAAGUCAUAAGAAAAAGCAGAAAUCUGUAACUAUGCAUACUGUGGCCACUGACUCGGCCUACAGAAUCGCUUUUUCUUUGUCUGGAGUAAUGUUUUAUAUGUUUCCGCAAUUUGCAUAUACAUUGUUUGAAAAUAUAUAUAUAUAUAUAUACAUACAUAUAUAUUUUCCUCAUCGCCAGAGCUGGUGUUAAAGAAAAUCUUGUUUGGUUAUUUUAACAGUGCAAAAGUCGUCCACAUUUCAUUGCCUUGAUUCAAAUUGUGUCCGAAGAUGCAACAAGUCAAGUGGCUUUUAACUGUUUACAAAUAGAAAAUGAUUGUAAUGUGUACAGUUUUGGUUGUGUUAAUUUGAAGUUCCUUACAAUAUUAAUAAAUUAAUGUUUUGGCUGCUCAUUACCAUUUUAUUUUAAUUUUAUUUUUAUUAUUAUUAUUAUUAUUUUUUUUUUUUUAGUUUUUUCUUCCCCGAUCCCCCUCCCCUUCUCCCCCUUCCUCAAAGCUGGUUUGUCAUUGAAAAUGGCUUGCCUCUGUACUUGUGGCCAAGGAAGGCUGGAUUAGAGGUGAAUGUAAUCUAUUGCUGGUAGUUCAAAUAAUGUGCAUAGAAUUACAGACUUUUAUUGUACUAUAUUUUAGGUGCACAAUUUAUGAGACGCUUCAAGAGGGAGAGAAAGAUGUCAGCAUUAGGCUAAGCCAUGGACCUUAAUAUUUGUUUAAGCUGUUGUUGUUGUCGUUUGUUUUAUUUGAGAAGUAGAACUUGCGUGGUGUUAACUUAUCCAUAUUUAAUGACUCGUCGUACAAAAACCCUGAGUAUUGCCCUCACUUUAUGGUUGUGUGCCAGUAUUGAACCAUUUUAAGUAACCGCUUUACCAAAUAUACUUCAAUCAAAGGAUUUGUUUACUUAAUUCCAGACCUGGCUAAUCUCAUUUUGUUUGUCUGACUAAUUUUAAGUGGAACACCGGAGAGGAACUACAUAACGAAAGUUUUUGGAAUUGCACUUGGUGUACAUAAUGAACUAGAGAAGCUUGUACUGUAUUUGUGUUCUGGAGGCAGACUGUAGCUUUGGAGACUGGACGGGCCUUUUGUUUGUCUUUUAUUCUUCUUUGUGUACAUUUGCUAGACUGCGUUUGUGCCUGCAUGUUUGAGUGGUCCACUCCAUUCCUGCGCAUCAGGAGCCCGAGUAUUCUCCUCUUGUAUGGGGGCGUGUAACUGCAGGUAUGACCGAUCGGAUUGCCGUGACUUUGUUUACUCCCUCAAUGUGGAUUGCUCAAUCUUUUGUGCUUCAGUUUCAUGUUUGUAUGCAUCUAGGAUAGCGUUAGUCCUUACUGGAAGUGCGGCGCUGAGCUUUACCAAUGGUUCUGAAUGGGUUCUUUCCCGCCGUCUUGGCAAACAUGCUAGUUUCCCUAUUCUUCGUGGCUUUGUUUUUAUGACGUGAACUGUGAAAGCGUAGGGAAAAGCCAUUGGCACCCAGUUUGUUUCCACUUUGAUUAUUCUUUUUUUUUGUUGUUGUCGUUUUUUUUUCUCUUUCCCCCACAACCUCCUCUUAAUUUUGUUGUAUGUGUGUGCAGCUGUUUGGUGUUAGACAGAACUGUCAUGCUGAGACAUUUUAAUAAUCCACUGUCAUGCCAAAUCAUCAAGUAGGGGGAGGAAAGGGAUUUGUUUUGUAAAAGCUGGACAAUGUAUAUGCUUCAAAUGUCGCUUGCAAAAUGGAUGUUUUGAGGAUGGAUAUUCAUGAGCAAUGUACAAUCCCCAUUUUUAUAGGUUGAACCUGGAGGAAAUGAAAAAGUGACUUGGCCUGACAUUCUACUUUUGUACUGAAAUUGUCGUUCUUUUCUGAUUUAUCCUGUGAGCAAAUAUACCCAUGUCUUUUAAAUGGUUCCUACUGUUGAACAAUGUGCUAAGGCAAUUGACUUAAACUGUGAGUAUUGCUGUCAUGUUAUUAUAAACCCAAAAAGCUUUAGUGAAACCAGCACAAGAAACGGAUGAACGCUUCCGCCAUGGGGAAAUUCUAAGAGAGUCUAUGCAGUGUAGGGUGAGGCUUCCAUAUUCGUGUCUUUGCUUAAUGAAAUCCUGACCGCGGUAGUGGGUCGGAUUUAAAAAUACGAUUCCUGUAAUGUGCCAUGAUUGAGAAACUUCUUUUAUUUUUGUCACACAAAUUGGCCAGAUGUAGCAAAUGGAGGGAUGCAUUAACAUUUCCUUUUUCACAGCGCUCCUCACUGAACGGGCUGUGCGUGGAAUGGCAAAUUUUUCUCGUGGUCUGUCCAGAAGUAGUUUUUGCUCACAUGAUGUAACCUAUAUGCACACUGCUUUGAUAGACUGUUUGAAAAACGAAUAGAAACAAACAUCAAUGAGAUAACUUAAAUGAGCAGGAAGUUCUUUUCAGCGUCUUCCUGGGGUCAUCUUAGAAUUUUAACUUGGGGAACUGCACUUUUUGAAGGACAAUCCUUAUUUGUAUUGGUAACAAUUGACACAAGGUUUAGUCUAGUAAUACAUGGUAGAUACUCAAAUGUGUAGUGAUGAAUGUUUCCUGUAAUGCUGUUUUUCUUUUUUCCUUCUUUGUUGCUUGGUUUUCAAUUUUAGUACCCUUAAGUGCAUAUGUAACGAGGUAGUUGAGGUAAUAGAGUAGUUUUUAGGUCUUUUGUUGGCUGUACUUGUAGACUGAUAACUGUUUGUAAAGUCCUGAUCUUAAUAUCGGAAUACAAAGCUGUAUAACUUGGGUACAACCCGCAAUAAAGCCUAACAGUGAAAUGGU